GGUUUUAAUUAUUAACAAAAAAUCUAUUUUAUUUUCACUAUAUAUUAUUCAGCUCUAUACUAACUCUGCAUCAUCGUUAAUGAUAUAUAUUGUUUCUACAAUGAUUAAUAUACAUUGGAGGCAUUUUUUUGUAGCUACGGGGAUUUGUAUAAUCCUUAGUGGUUGUAAAUCAUAUGGUAUGAUUUUGGACCUGGAUAUGGAUAAAUUUCCCGAUAAUUUGGAAAUUUUUCGUGGAACUCUUGAAAACGGCGGUAAAUAUUUUUUGUAUCAUUCGUCAGACCCAAUUAUCAGUAAAGUCAUAUAUCGUGGGUCAGUUUUAAAUACUGUUCGUUCAAAAAUUACUAAUUUUCCCGAUGUCUACGUUCAGAAGUUUGAAAAGGAGAAGCAAGUAAUAGUAGGGAUACAUUAUUUUUAUUCCAUGCUCUGGAAACAUAAAUCCCGUACAUGCUACUUUCUAUUUAACGAUACAACAAGCAUCGUUGUCCACAGAAGUAUGCUUAGUCAAUUUUCGGGGCAUUUAUUUUUGCCAUUAGACCUUAAAAAUGAGAAGCAGCAUCCAUUCGUCGUAAAAUCUCAUGUAGGGUCAAAAAUAAGAGGUGACAUAUGGGCCAUCAUUGCAUCAACUGGCAGGAGAACAACUACGAGUUACAUUAGCCGUUUGCGAUCAUCUCACGAUUGUAUAUUUUUCUCCCCAAUUACUAAUAUUGACAGUUACCCGCCUUCUCCGAAUUAUCCACCAACUUCCAUAUAUGCCCACUGUACGAAGGUUCAUGUUUCUGAUGUGGAUGGUAAUUUUUACCUUCACAUUAAAAGAGAUAGAAAUACUGUUAUUUACUUGUUUCAGUUGCCAAAAACAAAAAAUUAUACUUUUAAGCCAGGAAACAUUUUAAGAACCAACUACCGUUUCGGCGUGGCUAAACCCAGUUUCCCAACAUCAAGACAAAGAAUCAUUGUUAUAGAUAUAGCCACUUUUGAAGUCAAAAUACCGGAUCUUGUCAUAUUAGCUAACGUCAGAAGGGGAGAUUGGCUAUAUCAUCAAUACACAAUACUUCCCCUAUGGUACCCUGAUUUCCCUACUGUGACUGUCAUUAAUUCAGUAGAUAACAUUAGUAUUUACAAGACAAAUGAGCAAACGUACGUGGAAUGUGUUGAAAUAUUUAUUAAUGUGGAUCACGGGUGGCAAUACGUAGUGCUCACUAUUGCAGAAUGGGAUGGAAUGCAACUUGGGUAUAUAAAGAAAGUAUAUAUGAGAAUGGUCAAAGAUGGGAAUGACAUAUAUUACGAUUUAGAGAAAGUUGGCACAAGUAGAUAUGUAGACUUGUUAUACAACAUCAAAACGUUGAUCCCAUAUCAAGUGGAAGGUGAUUCGUCAAGCCAGAUUAAGCAAUUAAUCAAAGAAAAGAUACAAGACAAAAACCUAAACUGAAACAUGAUGUAAUCAUUACG